CUCAGUGCACGCGGCAUCGGCUGGCCAGUCGCCCGGCACUGCGCUGCGCGCUCGUAGUUUAUUCAUGGAUUUUCACAUUUAAUAUACGAUAUCAAAUAUUUUCAGAAAUUAGAAACAUGGGAGAGCUAAAUCAGUGCGCAGUGUGCUCUGCCCCUGCGGAGCAGAAGUGCUCGGGAUGUCAGAACGCGCACUACUGCUCACGGGAACAUCAGAAGCAGGAUUGGAGGCAGCACAAGCAACGCUGCACUCCUGCCAGGGUCAAGGAGGAUACGAAGUACGGAAGAUACUUAGAAGCGACAAGAGAAAUUAAAGCUGGUGAUAUAAUUAUGAAAGAAUCGCCGCUUAUAACUGGCCCUGCUCAGGUAACUCCACCGGUAUGCCUGGGAUGUUACAAGCUGCUAGAGGCAGGGAAGACAGUAUCCUGCGCUGACUGCGGCUGGCCCUUCUGCUCGGAGCCCUGCACCAGGAACGAGGUCCAUAAACCAGAGUGCCUUUAUACUAAAAACAGAGGCGAAAAGGUGACAAUUUCAUCAUUCGGUAUUCCACAUCCAAAUUACCAAUGUAUCACCGUUCUCCGCUGCUUGUACCAAAGAGACUACAAUGAGAAGUUAUGGGCAAAGCUGCAAAGCCUGGAGUCGCACUGCGCGGACCGCAAGGGAACCGACAAAUGGAACAAUGACAAGAAGAUGAUCGCAGACUUCAUCGUUAACUUCUUCAAACUUGGUAGCACCUUCACUGAGGAAGAGAUCAUGAAAUGCUGCGGGAUUAUACAGAUCAACGGUCACGAGGUACCGCUGUUGGAGCCGGAGUACGUGGCGGUGUUCGAGCGCGUCUCCAUGGCUGAGCACAGCUGCUGCGCUAACUGCAAUAAGAGCUUUACCUCCUCAGGAGACAUUAUACUGUGCGCGGGUGUGGAUAUCCCCGCCAGUGGGCACAUUUCUGUGUGCUACACAGACCCGUUGUGGGGCACAGAGGCUCGCCGGCACCACCUCGCAGACUCCAAAUUCUUCGAGUGCACUUGCCCACGUUGCGCUGAUGUCACCGAGUUCGGCACUAUGUACAGCGCUGUCAAGUGCAAGAAGAAGGAUUGCAAGGGGUACCUCCUGCCUGAUACUUUUAUCCUUCCGAUACUGCACAAAACGACGUGCCCGGACCCGGCAUCGCGCGGCCUGGACGACAAGCUCUGGAAAUGCUGCAGCUGCGGGGACGCCGUUAGCGACGCCAUCAUACAGCAGCUGCUGCAGGACAUCGGUCGCGAGCUCAGUGUGAUGCCCAAAGGAGACGCCGACGCCUGCGAAAGGUUCGUAAGCCACUGCGCCAGCUACCUUCACCCAGCGCAUUACUACAUGACGGACGUGAGCUUGGCACUGGCGCAGCUGGUCGGGCAGCAGCACGCGCUGGGUCUCGCUGCAGUUACAGAAGAUCGCCUGAUACUCAAGACGCAGCUCUGCAGGAAACUUGCCGACUUACUCGAGACUCUGGCACCAGCCGAGACUCGGCUGCGCGGCACGUUACUUUUUGAGUUGCAUGCAGCGGUGGCGGAGACUGGCCGUCGGAAGUCCGCGACCGAAGGCCCGCUCGUCAUGCUCGGAUAUAUCACUGAGUCCCGCAAGAUCCUGGAACAAUCAGCGUGGCUCCUGCGCCACGAGCCGAGCGAGCUGCCGGAAGGACAGGUGUCCCGGCAGGCGCGCGCCAACCUGCUGCAGCUGGACGACCUUAUCACCAAGCUUUCCGCAGCGCUGCCCUCGCCCAUAUGAACCUAAUGAACAUUACGCAUAUGUUAAAUAUAACAUAAAUCUUGUAAU